AUGGAGUCUGCCACGUCGUCGCAAAGCGGCGCUCCUGCUGUGAAUGUCCUCGAUGCAUCGCUGGCCUCUGCAUCCUCACUAGUUCUUCUCGGAUUGGUGUCACGCAUAUUGACCUUUGCCCUUAACCAAGCGCUAGUUCGACUGGCUUCUCCACAAACCUUCGGAACAGCCUCCAUCCAAUUCGAACUCUUGCUUUCCACGAUCCUCUUCACUCGCGAAGGCGUUCGCAUUGCUCUGCUCCGCAGCCCCUCAACAGGAAGAGCAAAACCAACCAAAAAUACUCUUGUCACAAAUGUUGCUCUCCUGCCAACAAUCUUCGGAAUACCCGCGGCAUUCGCCAUCGCUUUUGGAUACAUUGCUUCUAGUAGCUCCUCCACGACAUCGCAGCCUCAUUUCUACACAAGCGUUUUUAUCAUGGCGGUAGCUGCAGCCAUCGAACUCCUCACGGAGCCCAUGUACAUCCGAGCUCUCAAUGAACUACGAUAUGACAUCCGCGUUCGUGCGGAGGGAACGGCCACGCUGCUGAAGACGCUCGUCACAUUCCUCUUCCUCGCGUUCGCGCCUCCAGUGUGGGCUUUGCCUGCAUUCGCCUUCGGCCAAUUAGCGUGGGGAAUUUCUAUAUUUUUGACAUUCUUCCGUGUCUAUGGAGGCACUAUGCGUUUCACGCCUGAAAAGGUUUCGGAAGAUGUUCACGGAAACAAAAAGAUAACAUAUUUCGAUCCAGAGUUUCUGCGUCUCUCUGGUGCGAUGACUGGCCAAUCUGUCAUUAAGCACUUCUUGAACGAAGGCGACAAGUUUCUUGUGUCACGUCUCAGUCCAUUGGCAGACCAGGGUGGAUAUGCGAUCGCGUCGAACUAUGGCUCUCUUGUAGCUCGCAUACUUUUUGCACCUAUUGAGGAAACCUCUAGAAUGUUCUUCUCCAAAACUCUCCCUCCUUCAAAAACCGAUAAACCGGGAAAUGCAGCCGACCAACAAGCCCUCGCUACCGCUUCUCAAGUCCUCUUAACCCUUCUCCUUCUCUUUACACAUCUUCUCCUACUCCUCGCCGUCUUCGGUCCACCGUACCUCCCCCUCGCCACGACUCUGUUCCUCCCUCCAAGGUAUCACGAUACAUCCGCACCUCAGAUUCUCGGAGCAUACAUCUACUAUAUCCCCACCAUGGCCUUUAAUGGAGUCCUCGAAGCCUUCUUCGCGUCUGCCUGCAGUCCUUCAGACCUGCGCUCCCAAAGUCGCUGGAUGAUCGCCUUCUCGCUCGGUUUCAUUGCGGCCGCGGUGACCUUCGUCAGAACUCUAGGAUUCGGUGACGCAGGACUCGUAUGGGCAAACAUAGCGAACUCCUGUAUGCGCGCCUUAUACUGCUGUACUUUCAUCCGGAAAUACUUCAAUGAAAGAGGCGCAGGGCGUUUGGUCCACUGGCGAGACGCAGUGCCGCCCGUGCCCGUGCUUGGUGUGUUUGCUGUAUGUGCAGCCGCGACGCGAUGGAGUCAGAGGGUCUAUCAGGGGGUUCCACCGUCGCUUUUGGCUCAAAAAGGUCAUAUAGGGGUGGCGGUGGUUUCUGUUGCAGUAUGCUUAUUUUCGUGUUUCCUGUUUGAACGAGCCAAGUUUGCGCACAUCAUAUCUAUGCUCAAGAACAAUUAACUUAUAGUACUGAGGUUGACAUGAACAACAAUCGUAGUAUACAUACAAUGAAAUGCACGGGA